GGGAGCCUUUCGGAAACCAAAGAAGGAAUAGAGAUGGGCGAAUGGACGGGUCACCGGUAAGAGGACUAAGGAAGAAGCAAGACAUUUGGGGAUGUGAUAGAAGGGUGUAUAAUCAAGCUUCAGUAUUUUUCUUCACAAAUUUCCCGGAUGACUGGAGUCAUGAAAGUAUGUGGCUCACCUUCCGGAAAUUUGGAAGAGUCUUGGCCAUUUAUUGUCCACCAAGGAAAUCGAAAUCAGGAAGAAGAUUUGGGUUUGUGAGAUUCUUAGAAGUUAAGAAUGAGGUGGAAUUGGAACGAAAGCUGGAUCAAAUCAGAGUAGGGACAUCCAAACUCUGGGUUAACAGACCGAGGUUCAGGAUGGAGGAGGGGAGAAACAGAGGAGAUACAAAACCAGCUGAGAUGAAUCUUGUCAAACCAGGGAGGUCAUUUGCAGAGGUUGUUAAAGGGAACCAAGGGGUGGAAGAUAAUAAAGGAAGUAAUCUUCAACAAUGGUUUGAGGAGGUAAAACCUUGGUCACCUUCAUCGGUUGCUAAAGAAAGGUUCGUGUGGAUUCGAUGCCAGGGUGUUCCAAUUCAUGCCUGGGGGCUUGAGUUUUUCUCAUCAAUUGGGGCUGUAUGGGGAAAGGUUAUCUCCUUAGAUGAUAGCACCAGUAAGAAGAUCAGAUUUGAUAUCGGGAGAUUUCUAAUAUCCACGCCCAUUAUGGAGUUCAUCUCUAAAUCCAUGACCAUCACAGUUAAUGGUAUGCCAUAUACAGUCAAAGUAAUGGAGGAAGAGGCAACCAACGGCAUUUUUUCCAUGAAGUCUGAUCAUGUGUUCAGAGAAUUAAGUGCCUCAGAUGAUCACAGUUCAGAAUCAUGGUCCCUAAAUAGCGAUGGCGAGGAUGGCUAUGCUGAAUCUAUUCAUGGCGGAGGAGUUUCUAGGGAAUAUGGGAGAAGUUCAGCUGGUAGGGAUGAUGAUGAUGACAUGGCAAAGGCUGAUGACGGGAUAGAAGGCCAUGGAAGAGGGCAAGCAGAGAGUUGGAUGGAGAGUUUCAACGUGGACAUAACAGCUAGAAGAAAGAAAUUUGAAUUUGAAGAUGAUAUUGACAGAAUGAUGAGUGCUGAUGGUUCCAAUACACAGGCUGAGAAGUUUUUUGAGGCAAGUGUUGGGAAAUCUCAAAAGUCUCCUAUCAGUAAGUCGGAAGAGAUGACUGAGGGGGCUAUAGAGGAGAAGUGGGGCAAGGGUUGCAAGCUGGAGCCUCAAGCUGGUUUGAGAGAUGAUGAGGAUUGGGCCUCUUAUUUGGGGCCCAAUAAGGGCUACAAAUCUUAUGUAGCUGGUGUUGACGUGGAGAUAAGUGAAACAGAGAAGGAUAAGAUUGAGGAAGAUGAGGUGAAGCGGAGAAGCAGGGGUAGCUUGAUGGCCGAGGAGGUUGAGGUGAAUAGGAGAAGUAGGGGCAGCUGGAUACCUGAGGACGAUGUGGAGAAGCUGACAAGCAGGGGAAGCUUGGUGCAUGCGGAGGACGAGGCUAAUCGGAGAAAUUGGGAGAUCUUGAUUAACGAGGAGGAUGAGGAGAUUUGGAAAAGCAGGGGGAGCUUGAGGCACGAGGAGGAAGAGGCGAAUCGAAUAUGCAAGGGAAGCUUGAUGCAUGUGGAAGGGGAGGCGAAAUCGCGACUUAGGGGUAGUGUGAUGUUUGAAAAGGAUGAGGGGAAACAGAGAAGCAGGGGCAGAUUGUUGUCCGAGGAGGAUGAGGGAUUCGAAAGUGAAUCGGGGCAAUUGAAAGCUUGGAUGGGUAGAAAUGAGAGGAAAAUCAAGAAGCUAAAGAAGAAGAAAACGAGGUCAUGUUCUUCGGUGUAUAAAAACUCCAGAAUUGUGGUUCAACCAAGGACAGAGAAGUUGCAGAGUAGACAGAAAAAACACCAAGAUUUGGAGGAAAAGACUCCGGCAUUCUGUCCAGGUGUGGUUGGUCAUGGGAAGAGAGUAGGGGUUAGAGAUUUAGUGAUUCGGGAAAAAGUGGAGUUCUUAUCAAUUCAAGAAUCCAAAACAGAGGCAGUGGAUCAUCAACUCUGUAGAGCUCUUUGGGGAUCGGAGGACUUCGAUUGGGUUGCCCAACCUUCAAAAGAUUGGGGCCCUAAACCAUUUCGGUUCUUUGAUGCUUGGCUGGAACUUCCUCAGUUUAAAGGUAUUGUCAUUGAUAUCUGGAACUCUACAGUAGUAAAAGGAUGGAAUGGGUAUCGUCUGAAGGAAAAAUUGAAGGAAACUAAAAAGGUGCUGAAAGAGUGGAGCAAGAAUAUGACUUCAGAGAUUGACUUGGGCAUACAAAAGAGCAUUGAUUCUAUUGCCUCUAUUGAUAAAAAAGGUGAGGAGAUGCCUUUGUUGCUAGAAGAUAUCGAAGCCAGAAGGACAAAUUUCCUAGAGUUAUGGAAAAAUCAAAGGAUGAAGGAAAAAGUCCACAGCAUGAAAGACGGUGUGGCUAAUUAUUUUGAGACAUUGUUUAAAGAAGAUGUGUGGCAACGCCCAGUGUUAGAUGGGGUUGAGUUCAAGAAGAUCUCAGAUGAGGAGAGGGCAAUGUUGGAAGCACCGUUUAGUGAGGAGGAAGUCAGACGAGUUGUGUGGAGUUGUGAGAGCACAAAAGCACCAGGACCCGAUGGUUUCAACUUUAAAUUUGUCAAGGAGAUGUGGGGAACUCUUAAGGACGACGUAAUGGGAUAUGUAUCUGAUUUUCACAAGCCUGGUAAACUGGUUAGAGGGAUGAACUGCUCUUUCAUUGUAUUAAUCCCUAAAGUCAAUAGCCCUCAAAAAAUUGAAGAAUUCAGACCAAUCUCAUUUGUUGGUGUCAUGUACAAACUGAUUGCAAAAUUGUUAGCCCGUAGGUUGGCUUCUGUUUUGAAUGGGAUUAUUGGGGAGAAUCAGAUGGCUUUUAUCAGUACAGCAGAAGUCUCAGUGCUUAUAAAUGGCAGCACCACUAGGCAGUUUAAGAUGCAAAGAGUUCUCAGACAAGGUGAUCCUCUCUCCCCUUUAUUAUUUUUUAUUGUGGCUGAAGGUCUUAAUGGCAUCAUCUCAUUAGCUGCAUCAUUGGGGCUGGUUAAUGGGAUUGAAAUUGGGCAGUGUGGCAUGAAUGUAACCUAUCUCCAGUUUGCUGAUGACACAAUUGUGUUUGGUAAUGCUUCGGAAGAAAAUAUUUGGGCUGUUAAAAGUAUCAUGAGGAUUUUUGAGAUGGUGUCAGGGCUUAAGAUUAAUUUUGGAAAAAGUAUGCUUAUGGGCAUCAAUGUUCCGGAAGAAUGGAUGACUAGGAUGUCUUGUAUUUUGAAUUGCAAACAGGGGUCCUUACCGUGUAAAUACCUAGGCAUGCCGAUUGGGAGUAAGCGCAAAUGUAUUGCCAUGUGGAGACCUAUGAUUGACUCCUUUAAGAAGAAACUGGCCAACUGGAAAAAUAGAUUUAUCUCUCUUGGUGGAAGGAUCACGCUUCUUAACUCCGUGCUAUCUAGUCUCCCUGUGUUCAUGAUGUCUGUCCACUUGCUGCCUAAAGGUUUGAUUCUUAUUCUUGAUAAAAUUUGUAGAAAUUUUCUUUGGGGGGGUGGAGAGAAUAAUAGGAAGAUCAAUUGGGUUUGUUGGGUGAAUGUGUGUAGAAGUAAAUUGGAUGGUGGGCUAGGUGUGAAGGAUCUUAGAAAGUUCAAUUUAGUGUUGUUAGGCAAGUGGUGGAGUAUACUAGCGGAGGGAGAGGAAGGUCUUCUUUAUAAGGUUAUUCGUGAGAAAUAUGGUAGUAAUGGAGGUAAUUGGUUGAAUUGGAUCGAAUAGGGGAAACAGAAGGGGUCGUUAUGGUGGAGGGGUGUCUGUAGAUUAGAUUAUUCAUGCUCUAAUAGAGUUGGCUGGCUCUU